UACUAAAGCUUGUUAAUUAUCAUGGGUAUUUUGUUUUUUUUGGGUAUCUUUGUUGGAAUUUUACUAGAGUGGACUUGGAAAAAAUGGGCUCCCUUGGGCUUUUGCCUAUUCCAACGUUUAACUUCUGGACCCUCACCACCUUGUGUUUCUGCUGCUCCUGUGGCUUCUUCACCACAGGCUCAGAAGGAACAUCUUGACAUCACAGAUGGAGAUCUUCAUCAUUUGCAGAAGCUGGAUGAGAAAAAUGAUGGUGGGCCCCUUUGGAAGCAUCUGAUGGAUCAUAAAACUCCCAAUAUGAUCUGCCAAGCAUGGCAAAGGGACUCUGCUACCGGUCCUCCUCAGUAUUACACGAGGACCGUGUAUGAGGAUGCGACGCCUGAAAUGGUGAGGGACUUCUUCUGGGACGAUGAAUCCCGUCUUCAAUGGGAUGACAUGCUAUUAAAUGCUACAACUAUUGACGAGUGUUCAGCCACGGGGGCAAUGGCAGUGCACUGGGUACGCAAGUUUCCGUUCUUCUGCAGCGACAGAGAAUACAUCAUUGGUCGUCGUAUAUGGGAAUCAGCAGGCACAUAUUACUGCGUGACAAAGGGAGUCCCGUACCCAUCGAUUCCUCCGAAGAAGGCACCGAAGCGGGUGGACUUGUACUAUUCCAGUUGGGUCAUACGAGCAGUGGCAUCAACAAGAGGUAACGGAGAAAUGACUGCGUGUGAAGUGGUACUGUUCCAUUCUGAAGACAUGGGCAUCCCCUGGAGGCUUGCGAAACUCGGGGUAAAGCAUGGCAUGCGGACAACAGUUCAGAAAAUUGAAGCUGGUUUGCGAGUCUAUCAGAACCAAAGAGCUUCAGGCUCUCCUCUCUCCCACACAGCACGCCUGGCUCAGAUCAACACCAGAGUUGAUCUCAACAGCCCAGCACCAGAGGAAAACAACGGAGAUUCACCACAGCAAGACUUGGUCACCGCAGCUGAGAUGGCGAAGAAAAAAAGAAGAUUAAGAAAGCUUUGGAUGAUUGGAGGCGUGGUCUUCCUCGCUAUCAUCGACCGUGGUUCUUUCCCUAAAGCGCUCGUGCUUGGGGCUAUCAAAUGGCCCCCAAAGAAAGAAAAGACGGCAUGACGACUAAGAUUGUGCUAAUCUGUGUCCUCUCUUUAAUUGUUUUUCACUUUGUAUCUAGUUAAUAAGGUCAAGUACUAGAUGGAUGAUCUGCUACAUUUUCAAUUCAGCUUAAUGGUGGUGCAGAUCUAGUUAAUAAGAUGGAUGAUUUGAGACAUGUUCAAUCAAAUAAGAGAUUCUGUAAUCAUAA